AUGAAAGAAAUGAAUUAUUACGAAAUAUUGAAUGUGACUAAAGAAGCAACGCAAGAUGAUAUUAAAAGUUCAUAUCAAAAACUUAUACUUCUUCACCAUCCUGAUAAAAACCAACAGAGUAGAGAAAAACAUGAGUAUUUUUUAAAAAUAGAUGAAGCAUACAAAACCUUAAAAGAUCCUGUAAAAAGAAAAGAAUACGAUAGCAUCUUAUUUGAAGCAGGAAAAUCUCAAAUCAUUAUCCACGAUACUGUUGAUAAAACAAAUUUCAUUUAUGAUGACGAGAAUAAUUUUUUUUAUCAUGUGUGUAAAUGUGGUGGUUGGUACAUAUUAGACGAAGAAUCCAGUGACGACGAAUACAUCAAAAUGUCUUUAAUUACAAAACUCAAUCGGCUCACAGCCCUUCGAAAUAUUGUUACACAUACACAAAGGAAUGUUCGCUUUAUCUCAACAUCACCCAAGAAAAGCGAUACAGCCACAAUUACCACAACAGAAAAAUCAACGGAAACAAUUUCAGCAAAAACUGAAAAAAGUAAAGAUUGGGUUUAUUGGGGAUUCGAAGCAGAAAAUAAAAAAGAUGAUGAUGAUACAAUGCAUGCAACAUUCUUUUUCGGAAUAUCAUUGUGCAUAGUUGGAACUUCCUUCAUUUUGUAUUAUCAACCAGAUUUUCUUGGUCGUGAUUGGACUCAACGAGAAGCUUACUUAGAACUACGUCGACGUGAAGCUGCUGGAUUAGAACCAAUAUCUCGAGACUACAUCGAUCCUUCUCUUAUGGAAUUGCCAUCAGACGAAGAACUUGGUGACACCGAAAUCAUUAUUUAA